AACUUGUAAAAAUUAUAUGUCAUGUAUACUGAUAUUUAUUAUUGAUUAACAUUUCACCGAUUUAACGAGACACUCGGGAGGCAAGCAACCAACCUUUCUGUUCGAGAUACGGAUCGUCUUUCGAACUCUAAACCUCGACUGUCGAACGCCUCGCUUCUCUCCCUAAUACCCCCUAUCCCCUAUGCUCUAUAUCUAUAUAAUCAAAUACCAAGAAGAGGGCGAGUGACACCAACGGAAAGUAUUAAUUUCUUUCCGAUCGAUAUAUUCUAUACCAUUAUAUGUAUGGAAGGAAAACCGUCAGCUGGGGAGCGGGGAAUGGAAAUCGUCAGAGAAACUAUGCAAUUAGUGUUCAGAGGAACGAAAUGCUACGGCACCAGGAGAUGCGCUUGUCAAUCAUCGGAGAUGCGACAAAAUUAUUUAGCAAAAGUAUAUAUAUAUAUAUAAUAGUUGACCGUGGCGGAAAAGGCGAAGGUAGCGAAAGUUUGGAGUCGGCAACGGAUCGCUUUAGCAGGGUUUAGAGAAGAGCUAUGGAGGCCAUUGCCAGCCAUUACAAUACCGUUUAUAAAAUAUCAUCGCUCACCGGUAUGUGGCCAGAUCUGAAGCCACAAACGAGAGCGUUACGUGUCGCCUUGUUAACCGUGGUCUUGUUAACUAUACUUUUACCACAGCUAGCGUACCAAUUCAUGUGCAAGAGGGACUUGCAUUGCACUUUUCAAGCAAUGACAGCGUACUUGCUGUCAUUCGUGGCUCUGUUGAAGGUGUACACCUUUCAGUUCAACACUCGUACAAUUAAACACCUCACUCGACACUUGUUCUACGCAUGGGAAGAGUUAAAUACCUGGGAAGAGUACGAGAUUAUGAAGUCCUACGCCAUGAAUGGUAAACGUUUCUGUUUGAUAUAUUCCGUAUAUUGCUUCGCGGCGGUAAUCAUUUUUACGUCAAUGUCCCUCAUACCGUAUACCCUCGAUAUCGUGCUGCCUCUCAACCAAUCUCGUCCCAUAUUGCCGCCGUAUCGAGGAUACUACUUUGUCGACAUACGAGACUACUUCUUUCAAAUAUUCUGGCAUUCCAUCGUGGCCUGGGAAAUCGUCAUAGCCGGUCUGAUUGCUCACGAUUGCUUGCUUGUGACAUACAUUGAGCAUGUUUGCAGCAUGUUUGCUGUAACGGGAUUUCAUUACGAACAUUUGUUUCACGAUGGGAAAGAGAGCCUGGAAUUUAUGAUAUCGAUAAGUAAUAGCGACGAUACGUAUUCCAAGAGAGUUGCGCUCCUCGUGCGUAAACACCGCGAAGCUUUAGAGUAUGCGCAACUUCUGGAAGAUACCUUUACCGUACCUUUCGCCGUGCAGAUGUUGAUGGUGACGAUAGGGAUGAGCAUUAGUUUGCUGCAAAUUACACAGGAUAAUAGCGAUAUCUUGGAAGCGAUGAGGUACGUGUUUUAUGUCGUAGGUCAACUGAUUCAUCUGUUCUUUCUUAGCUUCGAGGGACAAAGGUUGAUAGAUCAUAGCCUUCAGAUACGCGAUAAAAUGUAUAGCAGCUCCUGGUACAAAGCGUCCAUGAAAUUACAAAAGAUGAUUGUGCUAGUGAUGAUGAAGAGUCUCCACCCGAGUUUCUUAAGCGCCGGCAAAAUUUACAUUUUCUCUCUACAGAGCUUCACUAUGAUUCUACAAACCUCAAUGUCGUACUUUACGGUACUCUCGUCCUUUCAAUAGCAGCUGCGUAACUUGGCAUGUCCAGCAAAUGACAGCGAUGUCGAGCCAUCGAAAAUACGUGUAUCUCUCUAAUACUUUUAUUACAUACUAUAUUAAUAUACUUUUGUUAAUCAUACCUAAUGUUUACAAUCUGUAAUACAUACCUAGUUUUAUCUAA